AUGUACAAAAAUACUUGGGGGUUUAAAAAUAAUUUAGUUAAAGUUGAAGGACUGGUUUGUAAGUUUUUCAUUUCCAUAAAAAGGAAAGAGCUUAAUAGAAGGAAGGAGGAGAGAGUGGUGACCAGGUCUCGUAGUUGUGGUUUCGUUUUGCAUUGCACGUUUCUUCUUCUUUCUUCGCUCCUCACUUUCUUCUUCUUCUUCCGCUUCUCCUCUAUUUUCUCUCUCUCUCUCUUUUUCUCUUUCUCCCAAAAGUCUCUCUUACGUUCUUGUCUCUCCCUUAAUAACGUUGCGCCUUUCUCCAUUUCAACCAUCACACAACUCUUCUUCUUCCUCCUCUCUCUCAAUUCGUGUUUUCCCAAAUUCUCAGGUACUCUCUCUUAUCUAUGUCUUGACUCUUCCUAUUUACCCAAUUCAUUAACCUGA